UCAGCAUAGCUUCAGUGCAGCAUGGCGCCGCUCUUGGUCCCGCUGAAAUGUGGGUUUAAUAUUCAAAGGCGUAAAUUAUCGCUUUUACUACAGAAGAGCAGCACUUUUCACGCGUGGAGUUAUCACGACCACAGAGCGGCGAGUAAACGGAAACACCGGAGUACUUAUCAGCUAUCAAGUCCAAACCUAGCAUCAUCAACAUGGGCUGUCAAGAGAGGUCACAACAGUCAACAGAUCCUGGAAACAGUAAAACAUUUACAGAUCCCAGAGAGGCCGUGCUGGCAUGGAAAUGCAGGAGGAGGACUCAAUGCAGAUCCCAAAAAUGUGCUGGUUGAAGUGAACUCAUCGAAGAUUCUGGCAGCAAUGUUGUCGUAUGUCUGGCCCAAAGACCGACCAGACCUCCGGGCACGUGUUGCCAUAGCACUGGGCCUGCUUGCUGGAGCCAAGAUAACCAAUGUAACUGUGCCCUUCAUGUUUAAAUAUGCAGUGGACGGCCUCAACCAGAUGUCGGGACACAUGUUGAACCUGAAUGACGCGCCAAACACGGUGGCAACUAUGGCAACGGCUGUUUUGAUUGGCUAUGGCGUGUCCCGGGCUGGCUCAGCACUCUUCAAUGAGCUGAGGAAUGCUGUGUUUGGGAAAGUGGCUCAGAGCUCUAUCAGAAGAAUUGCUAAGAACGUCUUCCUCCAUCUUCAUAACCUGGAUCUUGGAUUCCACCUGAGCAGACAGACAGGAGCGUUGUCAAAGGCCAUCGACCGCGGGACACGAGGAAUCAGCUUUGUUCUCAGCGCGCUGGUCUUUAACCUGGGGCCCACUCUGUUUGAGAUGCUUCUGGUCUGCGGCAUUUUGUAUUAUAAAUGUGGGGGUCAGUUUGCGCUGGUCACUCUGGGAACGCUAUCGGCGUACACCGCAUUCACAAUCGCUGUUACACAAUGGAGGACGCAGUUCAGGAUCGAGAUGAAUAAAGCUGAUAAUGAAGCUGGAAAUGCUGCGAUAGACUCUCUUCUCAAUUAUGAAACUGUUAAGUAUUUCAACAAUGAGAAGUAUGAGGCUGAGCAGUAUGAUGGUUUUCUGAAGGUGUACGAAUCGUCGUCUCUGAAGACUACCUCUACUCUUGCCAUGCUAAACUUUGGUCAGAGCGCCAUCUUCAGUGUCGGUCUCACCGCUGUCAUGGUGCUCGCAAGCAAAGGCAUAAUGGCAGGAACGAUGACAGUGGGAGAUUUAGUUAUGGUGAACGGACUGCUGUUCCAGCUCUCUAUGCCACUCAACUUCCUGGGCACUGUGUACAGAGAGACCAGACAGGCCCUCAUAGACAUGAACACACUCUUCACCCUUCUUAGUGUGGACACCAAGAUUAAGGAGAAAGAAAUGGCCUCUCCAUUGCUCAUUACACCCCAGGAAGCCACCAUCAGGUUUGAAGAUGUGUAUUUUGAGUACUUGGAGGGACAAAAGGUGCUUAAUGGGGUUUCUUUUGAAGUUCCUGCUGGGAAAAAGGUGGCUAUUGUUGGCGGCAGUGGAUCUGGGAAGAGCACAAUUGUCAGAUUACUCUUUCGUUUCUACGAGCCACAGCAAGGCAACAUCUACAUCGCAGGCCAGAACAUUCGUGAUGUAGGUUUGGAAAGUUUGAGGAAAGCUGUUGGGGUCAUACCGCAGGAUGCUGUGCUUUUCCACAACACCAUAUUUUACAAUCUGCAAUAUGGCAACAUCAAUGCCACAGCGGAGGAAGUUUACCAAGUGGCCAGACUGGCUGAAAUCCAUGAUGCCAUUCUCAAAAUGCCUCAUGGGUACGACACACAGGUUGGAGAACGAGGAUUGAAACUCUCAGGUGGAGAGAAGCAGCGUGUCGCUAUCGCACGAGCGAUCCUAAAGGAUCCUCCCAUUCUACUUUACGAUGAGGCCACGUCUUCGCUGGACUCCAUCACUGAGGAGAAUAUUAUGAGUUCCAUGAAGGAGAUGGUGAAGGACAGAACAUCCGUCUUUAUCGCUCACCGGCUGUCCACCAUCGUGGAUGCAGAUGAGAUUAUUGUAUUAAAUCAGGGAAAGGUGGCUGAACGCGGCGAUCAUCACACACUACUGAACACUCCUGGCAGCCUGUACGGGGAUCUGUGGAACACACAAAACAGCAAAAUACUGAGUGACGGCAACAAGCCUGAGCCGGCAGCCAAGCCACUCUCACAGAAAGAGGAGGAACGCAAGAAACUGCAGGAGCAGAUCAUGAACAACGUAAAGGGCUGCGGGAACUGCUCGUGUUGAGACUGACGGACGUUUCCACACGUGCACAGCACAAUCACGCCCAGACCUGCCUCAGUCACCAUCCACCAGCCCCUCACAUGACCGGCUAGAGGAGUCCAUGACUGAUGGCCACUGUUGAGCGGCAGGAAAUUGUUCCGUGUCCAUCAGCUUUGACAUCUGGGCUCAAGAAUAUUAUUUAAUCUGGUUUAUUAAUCGGAGAGGAUGUUCUCCCACUGCACAUGUUCAUGCAGGUCACAUUUCACCACAAAAAUCAAGACAGGAAGAAUCUCAUUUUGUAUUGUGACAAUUUAUUUUCAUAAGCACAUUUCUCCAACAAAUUCUCAUUACGGUUAUGCAUCUUGACAUAUGUUUUUGGGUAAUUCUCAUUAUUUUGAAAAAAUUUUCUCAAUAGGUCCUCCAUUGAUUGGCACAAUGAAAAUGACUCUAAUUUAUGCGGAUUAAAAAAAUUAUUAACGACAGUACAAUAAAUAUAACAAUGAUGAUGUAUAAAUCAUUUGAGGAUUUGUGGGAAAAUGUGCAUAAAUAUCAUGAAAGCAAUGUUACAACGCAAAAUAAAUGACAAAAAAAUCUAUUUUUCAAAAAUGUAUUUUCUUUUGGCAAAAUGCAACGUCUCGUUUUCUUUGCAUUUUGGGAUGAAAUAUGCCAUGGACAUGUUCAUGGCCCUCUUGAAAUUCACCUAUAAAUGGGAUUUCUGCAGUUUGUCCACUCUAUGACAUGCCUUUAUUUUCACAUCUUACCAAGGAGAUUUGAGCCUCGUUUUAAUUAUUUGUCUGUGUAAUUGGGAACUCUUGUUGGCUGUUUUAUUGUGGAUAUGUACAUAUUACUGUUAUAAUAUAUUGGACUAAAUCCGUGCAGAGAAGCUCAUUGUAUAGGAGCACAAUUGUCAUCCAAUAGAUAUUUAGUCUCAGAUGUUAGUUACGUCUGGACCGUUUAGACAAAGUUGGUUAAUAUCAGCACCUUUGAUGCCUCAUAUUUUGAGAUUUGACUUUAAUGAAGACUUUAACAAGUAAUAAUUUAUACCAAAUGCCCAAUCUGAAGGUGGCAAGACAACUUGUUAUGAAAUAAACACAUUUGACCAUGAAUGAAUUGACCUUUGUUUGGAUUGUGCGAAAUAUGAUUCGGGCCCCAUCAUGUGCUGUAUAUGGAGCUCAUUUAAGAUUUUAGGACACUGAAUGUAAAGAAUGAAUAGAUGGGUCAAUGAUGUAACACUUGUUUUUUUUGUGUGUGUUUUCAAAAAAAUUAUACAUUAAUUAUGUGAUGAUAAAUAACGACUUGAUUGCAGUUCUUCUAUGACAAAUGUUCAAAUACUGAUUUUGGAUAAAUUUACAUAUAUCUAUAUCUGUGGCUUAAAGUUACAAAUAUCAAGUUGGUUUAAACAUCUACUUUACUAGGAAGAGAAUAAAAAUAAAUAAAUGAAAUGUCAUUAGUUUUAUUUGCCAUAAUUCUAAUUUCCUAAUAAAGAUUAAUAAGAAGUGAAGCAGAUUUGGUAUAUUAGUAUAUGUCUAAAAUGUUCUCUAAACCAAAGUAGUGUCUGCUCCUGUAGACCUUUAUGAAUGCAUGUCAAGGUUUAUUUAAUUCAAUCUUUUUAUGAUUUGCAAUAUUAGUUCAGGUUGUGAAAUGGGAUGAGCCUAAGAAAAAAAAUGAAUGUAUUCAUGACUCAAAAAUUCAUAAUAUUUGCAAAAACGAUAUUUAGUGAAGAGUGUGAAGUACAACAAGGUGUAAGGUUAAAAACUUUAACAAUUUGACGAGCUUUCUUUUCUCAAAAACAUACAAAACGAUGUAUGUCCAGGUGAUUCUCAAACCUGUCAAGGACAUGUUUUGGUCAUAUUUAACCCCAAGUUAGUACAAGAAAACAUGACAUUAUAUUUUCAUAAUGAUAAUGAAGCUUAGAUUUAGGACCAUUAAUAAUUUUUGCAUUGUGACAUCACAAUGAGGAUCGUUUUAUCCCCCCAGUUUCUCAUUUUUGUACAUUUGUACCAUUCCUAUUGUUUUAAAUAAUGAUUCUUACUAAUGUGACAGUCAUUCUUGAUUUACUGUUUUAUGAUAAAAGAUGCAAUUAUUGUUUUAUUAUUAUUUAAAUCAGCUAAAAUGAAAGGCAGUACCAAGGGAGAAGUACUGUGAUGGACAAAUGCUUUUUAAACGUAUUAGUGAAAAAUACUUCACAUUGCUCACAAUGAGCACUAGGAUUGUUGUUGUUGUGGUAAUGAGGAUUGGUGGGUAAAAUGUGCAUAAAUGCCAUGAAAAUAAUGUCAUAAUGUAAAAAAAAAUCUUAAUAGCCCCGAAAAUAGUCUUAUGCAAAACAUGGUACCAUUUUUUAGUUUUUAUAUAUAUAUAUAUAUAUAUAUAUAUAUAUAUAUAUAUAUAUAUAUAUA